AUGCAGCUCUCCUUCCUCGCUACGGCGCUUCUUGCGCUCGGUUCUGCCAAUGCUGCCGCAGUCGGUUGCUGCCAGAACUCUGUGAGGCGCGAGUGGAGGACGCUCUCGACCAGGGAGAAGCAAGCCUACAUCUCGGCAGUCAAGUGCCUUCAGAGCAAGCCCUCGCAGCUCACGGCCACUUAUCCCAACUCGGCGAGUCGUUUCGAUGACUUCCAGGCCGUGCACAUCGACUUGACCGAGCAGUAUCACUUCACGGGUCCUUUCUUGCCAUGGCAUCGCAUCUUCAUCCACCAGUACGAGUUGGAUCUCAGGAGCCUUUGCAAUUACAGGGGCUUCCAGCCAUACUGGGACUGGACCAAGGACUCGGCUACGGAGGCGGCGUUCCUCUCCGCACCCGUCUUCGACGCCGUCAAUGGCUUCGGUGGGAACGGCCCCUUCGUUGAUACCUCCGAAUUCAACGUCACCAAUGUCCCUCCCAAGAUCCCCGGCAAGACCGGUGGCGGCUGCGUCCAGGAUGGCCCCUUCGUCGACAUGACCGUCACCCUCGGACCGGGCGCCAGCCUCGACUCCAACCCACGCUGUCUCCGCCGCGACUUCAGCUACUGGCUCAUCUCGCGCACCCUCACCCAGGAUGUCGUGGACUGGACCUUGGCCGCCACGACAUACGGUGAAUUCGACCACAGACUUCAGGGCACCGGCAUUGAGCCCGAGGGCAUGACGAUCCAUGCCGGAGGCCAUCUCGGUGUCGGCGGAGACAUUGGCGAGAUUGGCAACAUGUACUCGUCGCCCGGCGACCCGCUCUUCUACCUCCACCAUGCCAACCUCGACAGGCUGUGGAACCAGUGGCAGAGGGUCGACUUCACUAACCGUGUCGCGGACAUGACUGGCCCUGAUACCAUGUUUGCUUAUCCCUGGGACUUCUUCGGCCCUGUGCCGUAUACCAACAUUACUUUGAAUACGCUGCUUGACUUUAAGGGUCUCUUGGGACCGAAGCCCACGGACAGGUAUGUUGAGAUCAAGGAUGUCAUGGAUAUUGCGGGCCCUCGCCUUUGUGUGUCUUACAGGUAA